AUGCAGAGAUCGCCGCCCGGCUACGGCGCACGGGACGAGCCGCCAGCCCGCCGCGACUGUGCAUGGGCCCCGACUCCCGGGGCCGCCGCUGAGCCGCGUGGCCUUCCAGCCCCCGCCGCGCCUGCCGCGCCGUCCAGCCCGCCCCGCAGCCCCGAGCCGGGGCGCUAUGGCCCCAGCCUGGCGGGCCGCGGGGAGCGGCAGGCGGCCGACGAGUCGCGCAUCCGGCGGCCCAUGAACGCCUUCAUGGUGUGGGCCAAGGACGAGCGCAAGCGGCUGGCGCAGCAGAACCCAGACCUGCACAACGCUGUUCUCAGCAAGAUGCUGGGCAAGGCGUGGAAGGAGCUAAGCCCGGCGGAGAAGCGCCCCUUCGUGGAGGAGGCCGAACGACUGCGCGUGCAGCACUUGCGCGAGCACCCCAACUACAAGUACCGUCCGCGCCGCAAGAAGCAGGCGCGCAAGGGCCGGCGGUUGGAGCCCGGCGGUCUCCUGCUCCCGAGCCUGCCCCAGCCGCCCGAGCCCUUCUCUGCGGCGCCUGGUCCAGCCCGCGCCUUUCGCGAGCUGCCGACGCUAGGCGCCGAGCUCGACGGCCUGGGGCUGCCCACGCCCGAGCGCUCGCCGCUGGACGGCCUGGAAGCAGGCGAGGCAGCCUUCUUCCCACUGCCGCCCGAAGACUGCGCUCUACGGCCAUUCCGUGCGCCCUAUGCUCCGGCUGAGCUACCGCGGGACCUGGGCGGCUGCUACGGGGCGCCCCUGGCUGAGGCGCUGCGGACCGCGCCGCCUCCCGCCGGCUUCUAUUAUGGUGCCCUGGGCGCGCCGGGCCCGACCCCCUAUCCUGGGCCUCUGUCGCCGCCGCCCGAGGCCCCGCCGCUGGAGGGCGCUGCCGAGCCGCUAGGGCCAGCUAUGGAGCUGUGGACCGACGUGGACCUCACCGAGUUUGACCAGUACCUCAAUUGCAGCCGGACUCGGGCCGAUGCCGCCGCGAUCCCGUACCACGUAGCGCUGGCCAAACUGGGCCCGCGCGCCAUGACGUGCCCGGAGGAGAGCAGCCUCAUCUCCGCACUGUCCGACGCCAGCAGCGCCGUGUACUACAGCGCCUGCAUCUCUGGCUAGGCCGCCGCCACUGCCGCGGCCAUGCUGAGCUUCCCUGCCCGCCGCUUCCUGUUGCACACCUGUGCACACCGCGGGCUCCGCGUACCACGCCCAGGGGAUGCUCCUGUCGCCGGAACCGCUGUCAGCCACCCCCAGCCCUUUUGCUGGACUACUUGGCCUCUGCCCACCAGCGAUAGGCAGGCGUCUGGGACUCCUCCAGUGGGGUUUCCUGGAGGCUUAGGCCUGGGACUAGGUGACCCACCCGCCAGGGAUAGUUUUGAAGUGCCUCCCUUUUACCUGCCGUGCGUUUUUUAGAACCAGACUGCAUUGAUUUUUUUUUACCUUGUCUUUUUUAUAUGCAAUAUAAUACAAUAUAUUUAAUGUUUAGUUAAACUUUAACCAUUUUCCCCCAAGGGGUUUGCCAUGACCAGAAGUGUCAAUGUAGCAAGGGUUUUUCAAACAUGAGGGUUGACCGUGACUGCUUUGUAAGGAGGCAGCUGGAGUUGGGGUCCCCUGGGCAAGGCCACAAUAAAGUGCCCAUGCCCUCCCU